AGCACUUUGAACCCGGACUGUUUCUCGGACCCAUUCCCCGAGUUCUGGCUCUCGGUCAGCUUUUGUCCCUUCAACCGGUGCCCCUGCCCCAGGUUAACAUGAGCUCCGCGCUCCUUCUGUGCCUGCUCCUGCGUCUGAGCUCCGCAGUGCUGUCCGGGAUCGCGACCCAGAAGAUGUACCUGCCCUAUAAGAGCAAUUUGUUGACUUGCCUGAAUACAACCACAGAAUACUUCAAUAGCAAAAUACACAUGUGCUGCAGCAGGUGUCCCCCAGGUAAGAAGGCAUUAGAGACUUGCACAGAGAUGUCAGACACUGUGUGUGAAAACUGUGGGCCGCACCAGUACACUGAACACUGGAACACACUGAGGAAAUGCAUGGCAUGUGAAGCCCACUGCGACAAAGACCAGGAAAUGGUUCAGGACUGCACUCCAUCUACCAAGCAGAUUUGCCAGUGCCGUGAGGGCCUGCACUGCAUCGAUUCUACAAAGGAUACUUGUAACAGGUGUCGGAAAAACACUGAAUGCCAGGAGGGUCGGGGUGUCAUUGAACAAGGAACUAAACAAAAGGAUGUAAAAUGCGCACCGUGUGCUGCUGGAUCAUUCUCCAAUGAAGUCUCUUCCACUGAGCCCUGCCACCCACACACUGACUGCAGAAUGCUGGGGAGAAAGACUUCACAAAAUGGGACCAGCACCAGGGAUGCAAUUUGCAGCAAUGAGUUAUUACCACAGAUCCUUACGACAAGAGUUACAUCUUCAGCAACUGGACCUAGCUCUCCUGCUCUGACACAGGUCACACAUCCGACAGAGAUAGAACCAGAAAGUGCCAUCACUUUCAACACCAAUAUGAGUCCAGUAAACAUGUCACCCAACAGGAAACAUUCCACUGAAAGCUUUCUACCUAGCUACUGGACAGCAGUGAUCUGUGUUACUCUCAUCAGCGUGAUCGUUAUGGUAAUUGUGGUCCUUGUCUGUCACAAAAAAAGAGGGAGGAUGACUGACCUCUGGGAUCAGAAUGCUAAUGUGCCAAAGGAUAAGGUCGACCCAGUGGACACAGAUUGUUUAAUUGUUGUACCUGAAAGCGAGCUGGAGGUUGUGAGCCCCCGGAAUGGGAUGUGUGAGCAGAAUGAUGGUGUAACAGGAUCAGUGCCUAGGACAGAUCGCCUCUGCUCACUAUCCAGGUCCAGCAGCAGUGGGUCAGGAGGUGUCAGAAGGAAGCCAGGCACUGGGUAUAGCUCGAAGGAGGAGGAGCAGACUCAGACCCACCUUGCUAUUGCCCAUUUGAACAAUUAUUCACGGAUCGAUUCCCUAGAAGACCAGGGAUACAUCAGCAGGGAAUCCCGACCAAGCUCAGCAGGAGCCCCGUCACCUGUGAUGGAGUUCAGUGGAAACCCGACAGUGAGCGUUACAAUAAAUACUGGCAAGUGUUACGUCAACUGCUGCCAUCGUCAGGGAGGUGGGACCUCCGGCGCAGUCUCUGCUGAGGAGGACUUUCCUGCCCCAGAGGAGGAGGAAGGAACUGAAGUGGAUGAAGGGUUCCCGAUCCAAGAAGAACAGAAGGUCUCUGAGUCAGAGAAAUGGAAAGAGGCUGGUCUUCCAGUGGAAGCUGAGAGUGAAUGUCACUGGCGACAGUGUAACUCAGUGAAACAGCAAGAGGAUGGGAAGGAGUUACAGCUUCCAGUCCAGGACACUUCUGGGAACAUUUAUUGAUUUGUCAAAGGCAGCUUUCUAUUGCUGCGAACCUGUGACCGAGGCCCUUGCUCACCAGCUUGAUGCCUGACCUAAAGAUGAACAAGACACAGGCUUGUGAUGUGGGGCUGGAGCAUUGUCAAACUGUCCGGUGAGGGAUGAGUUGGAAGCUCAUCCACCGAUGUGACUGUGGACCCAGUGACUGAGAAUGGAGAAUCAGGAGCAGCCUCCAGAACUACAUCCCAGACUUCAACAAACUCAGGGCUGGUCUGACCUUGGCCUGGGGCUGACUCAGGGCUGGGUGAUCCUGGACUGACCUGGGUGAUCCUGGCGAAUAAUGGCAGCUUUAAUGUUCUGAUAAGACAAUCCAAAUGUUGGUACUGAAACUGGAAGAAACCCCCAACAGGUGUUCUGGUUAGACCAGCAGAAACUCUCUCUACAUGGAGCGGAAAAAACUCUGUUUAGCCUGUCCCACACAAUUGUGGUUUCAUGUGUAUCUCCACCCCACCCAAAAAUCAUCAAUUUGGAGGAAAAAUCCUGGGAAAUUUCUCUCUGAUCUGUCCCCUGGGUGAUCAAAAAUUGGUCCAGGGAAUCACCCUGGCUCUGAAUUCCCUCCCUCUGGUACAAGUUAAUAUCCAUCCCAGCCAAAAGCAGGUCCAACUCUCGCUUGAAGGGCUUCACUCGGCAGCCUAUUCAAGAGGUCCACUGUUCUCACUUAUUGAUCUUGUACAAUUUAAAAUUAUGCCCCCCUUUUCCCCCAAUCAAAAAGAGUAAAUUUGAACACAAUCCAUUCCCUUUACCAUCUUAUGACCUUCAAUCAGAUCACCUGUAAGUCUUCACUUCUCUAAAAUCUGGAGUGCCACCUCUUUUCACCUAACUUUAUAAUUCUGUCCAGCCCCGGCAGCACUCUGUUCAAUGAUGUUCUUACAUUUGAAUGUUGAAUAUGGAACUGAACCCAGACCUGCAUUUGAGACACACUAUGAUAUUAUCUAGCUCUGCACCGCUCCCCAAUAACAAGGGCAUUAACCUGAAUUCCAGCCUGUCUUAUUACUCCACUUCUCACCAAAAACUGCAUCCUGCAAGUCCUCACACUGAUGUUACAUAAUACAUUGGACUUCAAACAACUAAUGUGAAUAUGAAACUCGGAUUAAGACAUUUUUCAAUAUCCUUUAGGUUCAGCCAGUUGUGCAAAAUCAAAUCACCCUUUCAUUCUCCAUUUUUCGUUUCCUACCUGGCCCUCUUCCCCCUCCUUCUUUCUCUCUGUGGCCCUCACCUCUCUAUCCCUUUCUCUGCUCCUCCAUUUCUCUUGAUUCUUUUUUCAGCCUUCAUCCUUCUCUCCCCUCUCUCUUCCCUUGUCUCCAUUCCUUCCUUCCUUUCCUUUCUCCCCCUCACUCUCCUCCAUUUGUGUGAAUAUUUUAAUGUAGUUUAUUUUUAUCUGUUUUGUAAUGAGAUGGAAAUGUAGGGAGUGUAGGGGAGACAUUUGUGGUUGAUGUGAUUCCAUGUCAAUAAGCUGAUCUUUGUUUUUAUAAUUGAUUGAUAAUAAAUAUUUUUAUAUUG